AUGAAAGCCAAAAUAUCUGUUAUCUGUGAAUCUGACAUAGUUUUAUGUUAGUUGUCUGGUCUGUGUUGUAAACAGAAUUAAGAAAUAAAUUAGCUGAGUUUAGGGCUUACUUGUUGAUUGUUUUAUAACGAAAUUGUAAAGAAAUGGCUGCCCCAAAUCAAGAGUUUUUAUGGGGAAUUUUUCAGAGUGUUGAUCGGGAUAGGAGCGGGUACAUAAAUACAGAAGAAUUGCAACAAGCGCUCUCCAAUGGAACAUGGAGUCCUUUUAAUCCGGAAACUGUGCGACUUAUGAUUGGCAUGUUUGACCGCCACAAUCGCGGCCAAAUAAGUUUUGACGAUUUUGGUGCUUUGUGGAAAUAUGUUACCGAUUGGCAAAAUUGCUUUAGGUCUUUUGACCGAGACAAUUCUGGUAAUAUUGAUAAAAGUGAGCUAAAAACUGCCCUUACGACAUUCGGAUAUCAACUUUCCGAUGGUCUAGUAGAUACUCUCGUAAAAAAAUUUGAUAGGUUCGGCAAUGGGACCAUACUGUUUGAUGAUUUUAUACAAGCCUGCAUAGUUCUGCAUACGUUAACUUCUGCAUUCCGACAAUAUGACACAGAUCAAGAUGGAUACAUUACAAUCCACUAUGACCAAUUUUUAAGUAUGGUACUCAGUUUGAAAAUGUGAUUAUUCUAGUUUUCUGUUUAUCUUAUUCUUUGCCUUUAUACUGCUUAAGUUGGCGUUUUUUUUACAUUGUUAAAAAUUGUAUCCAAACAAAUUUGAUUAGUUAAGUUAGCGUUUUUUUACAUUGUUAAAAAUUAUAUCCAAACAAAUUUGAUUGCAUAAAUUUUGUGUUUGUUAUUUUUUUUAAGUAAAUAAUUUUAUGUUAAGUAUUCUCAGGUGGUAAAAA